AGGAAAAUAUUCGGGGGCGAGAGCGGGGCGAGAAGGUCGAGAGCCGGUGAUGAGCCGCCGGCGAUGAUACUAUACGAUGGAUGGACGGCCGAUCGACCCUGCCUCAAAAGGCAGGUUGCUGGGCACGUCGUCGUCGUCGUCGCCAUCGUGAAGAGUAGAAGUCAGCAGCCGCUCCUACAAGACCCCCUCCCUUCUACACCCAACUCUUCAUCCAUCGAUCGCGCGAUGUCCCUCUCACAAUGGAAGAUCCUGCUCGCGCACCUCGUGCUCCUCUUCGCGGCAGUCACGGCCUCGCAAGCGGCUGCGGCUGCGGCGCCAAGAGUGCUCAAGGCCGCCUCUGUCCCUUCAUCGUGGAAGAACGUCGGCACGGCGCCCGCUCAGGAGCAGAUGCAAUUCUCCCUCUACCUCAACUCGCCCAACCGAGCUGGUCUCGCUACGCAGAUGACGGCCAUCUCCAAAGAUCCUAAUGCCAAGUGGCUCACGCAAGACCAGCUCGCUCAGUAUGUCACGCCGACGACGUCUGCCCAGCAGACGGUCGUUUCGGCCUUGACUGGCGCUGGCAUUCCCGCGGCCAACAUCUCCUUCUCGGGCCUCAAGGAUCGUGUCAUCAUCAAUUCGACGGUCGCUCUCGCUCAGAAGUUCCUCGGCACCACCCUCUCGAGCUACUCGCACGACGGCAAAGACGCUGUGCCCAAAGCCACCAACGUGACGCUGCCAGCCUCGAUUGCCGCACACGUCUACUCGGUCGGCACUCUCCUCGCCUUCGGUGACUACUCGUCCUCGGCGGCCGCAGCUAGUGUCCAAGCAAAGUCUCUCCCAGACCCUGCACCACGCGCUCGCCGCCGUCGCCUCGACGAGGAGGAAGAGACCAGAUUGGUGUCUCGCGCUUCUGCCAACAUCUCCUCCAACUGCUACUCGUCUGGCGGCCACGUCUAUAGCUUCCCGCGCUGCCUCAUCGACCAGUACGGCCUGCCCGUGCCCAAGAAGUCCCUGCGCCGUCGCAAUGACCUCGCCGUCGUCGGCUACCUCGGCGAGAACAUGUCGCAGAACGACCUCACCAAGGCUCUGACGCAGUUCCGUCCUGACCAGCCCAAUGCCUCCAAGUACAAGAUGACUGUGAAUGACCUCUUUGGCGCUUCGAACAAUGCGUCGAAUCCGACAUCGGAGGCGGCACUCGAUGCCCAGAUCAUCGCAGGCAUGGCCUUCCCGCUGCAGACGUCCUACUACAACAUCGGUGACUCCAACGGCAACACCGUAGGAGCAGACGACGGCGACAUCUUCUUGACCGCCUUCCAGACAUUCAUCGACCAGGACGCAAGCAUCCGCCCGCAGGUCGUAGCCGUCUCGUACGGCAUUCUCGACGAGGACUCCAUGGGCGCAACGGCGGACGCGAUGUGCAAUGCAGCGCAGGUUCUCUCUGCUCUGGGCACGACGAUCAUCUUUGCUUCGGGCGACUCGGGACCGGACUCUGUCGCUCGCGCCUUCAACCCUUCGUACCCAGACAAUGGAGGGUACUGCCCGUCCCUUCGACCCGCCUACCCCGUGGGCUGCCCUUACAUCACCACGGUCGGCGCCACAGCUGGCUGGGGCGACGCCAACGAGCAGCCCGUCUACUACAACACCCCCUCUGGCCUCACGGGGACGAAAUGGUCGUGGGCCUCCGGCUCAGGCUUCUCGCGUCGCUGGUCCACCCCGUCGUGGCAAGCCGACGCCCUCAAGAAGGCUCUGAGCGCCAGCAAUGCGUUGUACGACAAGGCGACCUCAGGCCAGUUCAACUCGGCAGGUCGAGCCUACCCCGACGUCGUGACCAAUGGUAUCGACUUCCCCAUUGUGCUGAACAAUGCCGCCUAUCUCCAGGCCGGAACCAGUAUGAGCGCGCCCGUCUUCGGCGCCGUGGUCGCCGUGCUCAACGAUGCGCUCUUGAAUGCGGGCAAGGCCACAGUAGGGUGGAUGAACCCGAUGCUCUACGCCAACCCUGGAGCGUUCAAUGACGUGAAGGUGGGCGGAUCUUACUGGAAGUGUGGAGCCGGCACAGAGGCGACUGCGCAGCAGUAUGGCUUCAACUCUACGGCUGGGGGAUAUGAUAUUGCGAGUGGAUUGGGGAGCCCCGAUUACGCUAAGCUUAAGAGCAUCUAUGGGUUGUGAACGUGCGCGCGCGCGCGUGUGGUGGACCGUCAUUGCUUCUGUUGUGCUUGUAAAUUAGAUUCUCGCUUCUCGCUCCUCGCUUCUCGCUUCUC